AUGGCCCGCACGCGGCAGAGAAAGGCCGCCGAAGAUGUGGGUCCGGAUUUCAACCCGAACCACCAGGCAAAUGACGCCCAAACCAUCAAACACGAGCAGCUACAGCCCCCUCAGCCACUCACGUCUGUCGUGGCCCAAGAUCCCUCACACGGUAUUGAGGUGAAGACGAAGUUUCCGGUGGCACGUAUCAAGCGCAUCAUGCAGGCGGACGAAGACGUCGGCAAAGUUGCACAAGCUACUCCCACCGCUGUCUCUAAAGCACUUGAGCUCUUCAUGAUAAGUCUGGUCACGAAGGGGGCAUCAGAGGCCAGAGCAAAUGGGUCCAAGAGGGUCACCGCCCAGCAUCUCAAAGUAGCCUUGAUGAAGGACAGUCAGUUCGACUUUUUGACCGAAAUCUGCGAAAGCGUACCCGAUGAAGGGUCCAAGAAAGGCAGAGCGAAGUCUGAGGCGAAGAGUGAAGACAGCGACGAGGAUAUUGCCCCCAAAAGGAAAGGAAAGUCGAAAAAGAGGAAAGCUAGCAGCGAUGACGAUACGGAGUGA